CCGCAACGACGCGCGUCGACGCCAUGGCGCCGCACCCGCGUCGCGCCGCGGGCGCGAAGACGCCGCGCGAGGCGAAGAAGAAGCCGUCGUCGGGUAAGCGCGCCGGGUACAAGCCGCACGGGUCCGUGGUGUACGAGACGACGGAGGCGCUGUCGCGAAUCGCUGAAAGCGCGCUCGACGCGAACGAGCGGCGCCGCGCGAUUUUCGAUGCGCUGGCGCGCGCGAUGAGCGCGGACGAUAAUCCGCGACCGCUGCGCGCGGACCCGCGGGCGUUCACGACGUUCAUCUCGCGAUUGAAUCGAGGGAAACGCUUCGACGCGGCGUUGGACGUCUUCGCGGCGCAAAAGGCGCUCGGCGUCGAGCGAAACGCGGUGAAUUACAACGCCGCCAUGGUGGCGAACGUCAAGGCGGAGAAACCUGAAGAGGCGUUGAAGUUGUUCGAAGAGAUGCGCGAGAUCGGGCACGAGCCGAGCGUGAUAUCUUUCAACGUCGCCAUGGGGGCGUGCGCGCGCGCGGGCGACGGCGCGCGCGCGUUGAAACUUUUCGACGAGAUGGUGGGGCAGAACAUGGACGUGGACGCGGUGAGCAUCAACACCGCAAUGGCGGCGGCGGAGUUGGUCGGUGAUGAGGCGCGCUUGGAAGAACUGCGCGCUGGGUCGCAUUUCAAGCGCGCGGGCGACGUCGACGAGCCGGCGCCGACGCGAGUCGUUAAAGACGACGCGAAGAAAGACAGCGACGCGAGCGACGACGAAGAUAGCGACGACGACAGCGACGACGACAGCGACGAAGGCGAGCCGGAAGCGGUAGCAGACGACGUCGGCGACGCGAAUGUGGUUUUGAGUGAAGAAGAAGAGGCGAAGCGCGCGGCGGCGAGAAAGCGCAAGCGCGAGAUUAAGAAAAAGUUAUUAGCCGAAUACGCCGCGAACGUCGGCGGUGCCCGCGACGACGAGGACGAGGAGAUGGCGAAGCGCCGUCGAAAAGACGAGCGACGAGCCAAGUUUGAGGAAAAACGGCGCGCGCGGAAAGAGGCGACGCGCGCGAAGAGACCUUGGUCCGCCGCCGCCGCGCACGCGAAGAAGAAAGAAAAUAAGACGUCCAAGGCGGCAAAGCGCACGGCGAUGAAGGCGGAUCCGAAAGUUUGGAUCGAAGACGUUCCUUCCGAAGAUGAAGUUCUGUACGACGACGAUGGUGAACGCGUUUUGCCCGCGAUCAAAGGUCCUUCGUUUCUCGACGACCCAAACGCGGCCAAGCUGAUGAACGCGUCCGGCGGCGAAGACUUUUGGUCGGUUGGAUUCUAGCAAUGGUUACACUGGUUACACGAGUAAAAUACUUCCUAAAAUAGCGAUAGA